CCAGCCGACAACAGAUUAUACAAAUAUUAAUAAGUUUCUGUAUAUAGUUAUAAAUCUCUAUAUUUCCCAUGUUUACAAAGAAACUAAAACAGAAAACAGAUGGAGGAGAACAAUAGUAUUAUGCAGAAUAAUGAAAGCAGCCAAGAAGAACAAAAGAAGAUUAUGCAAAUGAGGACUUUAGUUGAAAAGCAAGAUCCAACCUCCAAGGAAUAUGAUGAUUUGGAAAUCAGAAGGUUUCUUCGUGCUCGUGAUAUGGACAUUGAGAAAGCCUCUGCUAUGUUUUUAAAGUUUGUUAAAUGGAGAAAAACAUUUGUUCCAAAUGGUUCCAUUUCUGUAUCGGAAAUCCAAAAUGAAUUAGCGCAAAAUAAGAUGUUCAUGCAAGGAACUGAUAAAAGUGGACGCUUGAUAACAGUCGUGUUUGGUGGAAGACAUUACCAAAACAAAACAGGAGGCCUCGAAGAGUUCAAACGUUUUGUGACCUUCAUACUUGAAAGAAUAACUUCAAGGAUGCCAGCUGGACAAGAAAAGUUUGUUGCUAUUGCAGAUGUAAAAGGAUGGGGAUAUUCAAACAGUGAUAUACGUGGAUAUCUUGCCUCCCUGUCUAUUUUGCAGGAUUAUUAUCCAGAAAGGCUUGGGAAAAUGUUUGUGGUGCAUGCUCCUUCCAUAUUUAUGACAGCAUGGAAGAUGAUUUAUCCUUUUAUUGAUGAAAAAACAAAGAAAAAGAUCGUAUUUGUUGAUAGUAAGCAGCUGAAGUCAACACUUUUAAAAGACAUUGACGAAAGUCAACUUCCAGAAAUCUAUGGAGGCAAAAUGAAAUUGGUUCCCAUCCAAGAUAGCUAGUUUGGUUUAUGUUCUCCUAAGAAGUGAGAUCAUUCAUUAAAGAAAGAGUCAUAAGGGGCUGUUUCUUUUUUCUGUUUUACUCAUUAAGCAUUGUAUGGGUAAGGUGCUGAAUGGAUAAAUCAUGUAUGAUGUCUGGAUUCCGGAGGGAGUAUGUUUGUAUCAACUUUGGACUGUAUAAACAGUCUGAAUAUGAAAAUUUGACCAUUUCACCACCAACAGUUGAUAGUUAUUUAAGGACUGUUAUAAAUUGAAAGUGUGAACAUUGGUGAAAGUUAAUUGAGAAUAACAAAGAUGUAGCACAUUUUAUAUUUUAAAUGGAGAAUCACAAAGAGACAUUUAUAAAGAAACAAAUGAUUUUUGAUUUU